AUGGCUGCAGCUAAGGCCAUUUCCCAAGAGGUGCUAGGUUUGGACAAGCGCGGCGUGGCCAAAGGCUCUUUCGCCUCUGUGCGCCACGUGCCGAGCGGUGCAUUUUAUUUGCAAGAGAGAGAGAGAGAGAGAGGUUGAAAAGCUCCUUCCGUUCUUUCUUUGGCCAAGGACCUGAGAUCGUGGCGUUGCAGAUCGAUUUCAGACCUUGCGCGCAAAAGCUACGGAUUAAGGGAAAGUGGCCGUAUAUGCCGCCGCCACCUAGGUAUGGUGACUCCGGCUCCGCCGCCUGCUGCCGCUCCUUAGGAGCAGUUCGGAGCCUGGCGGCGUUGGUGCUUAAAGCCAUUUCUAUCCGCUUUCGCUCUGGCACAAAUAAUGGGGUGCUAAUUCCACCAGAGUAA